AUGGAACUGCAUUCUCCAUUGGGAUACAGGCCAAAGUGGCAAAGUAAACACAGUCUUGAGCACUACGUCGUUUUCAUCUGCACUAACCUCUCCAUACUAUUUCUCAUCCUCAAGAUUGCUGUGUUCUGCGUUUACAAGGAGGCUCGCAGAUCCUCGUCCGUUUGCAUCAUGUGUCUCGCAGUGACCUUGCUGGUCGCCCAAGUGCUCUUGCUCGUCACCAAGUGUGCAAACCUCGCGAAGUACUUUUGUUUCACCGGAGCUGUGCUCUCCCACUACUUUUUUCUCAGUACAUUCUUGUGGACAUGUGUUCUCUCUUACGACAUCUGGAAGAGCCUGACAACCACCAAGACGUCUUCGAGCAGUGGCGGCAGAUUGAACUUGUACUGUCUUCUCGCCUGGGGCGUGCCCUUGCUUGUACUCAGCGCUGCCUUGACCGUGAAUCAAGUGGCUCCUGGUUCGGUGUUGUCUCCCAGAUACGGUCACCCUAUAUGCUUUAUCGGCUCUUUCUUUGGUCUCAUGCUCUACUUUUUUGUGCCCAUGGCUGCUCUCGUGUUAUUCUGUCACGUUCUCUACUUCAAGACGGUCCGCUACAUUCGCAAGACAUCUUCCGCAGCGGAAUGCGCGGACAGCACUCGGCAACCCGUGUAUAAGGACAUCCGGAGGCAUGGUCAACAACGGAUAAACCUCGCGCUCUUUGUUCGCCUGUCCUUCAUCAUGGGCGCACCAUGGGUGGUGGCCCUAGCUGGAUCUUUUGUUCCGAGCCUAAUCAUCGACUCUGUAGUGAAUGGCUUCGUCGGUUUGCAAGGAGUGUACUUGUUCUUCGGCUUUAAGGACUAUCGCUACAUUUGGUUGUCUCUUCUUAAGAGAACCACGAAGCCAGGUGCUGUCGUGAACGCUUGA